GGUUGAGCGCUCGACGCGUACGGACGCGUACGGGCGGGUCGCUCGUAACAAAGUCACGUUUAUAAAUACAAUUCGUCAUUGCAAUAUACUUUCUACGCAGUUGUGUUUGCGAAUUUGAAAAUUUUUACAAGUGACUGUGAUUUAUUUAUUUGUGAUAAUGGCCGCCGAUAAAAUUACUUCAGUGUCGGUGGAUGAACUUGAAUCAUGGGUUGAACUGAACUCAGGGCUGGCCGCACACGAAAACGAAUAUAUAAAACUGCUCCGCGAGGCCCAAAGGGAGAGUCGAGACUCGUCCGUGCGACAUUCCCGGGCCUCGAGCGUCAAAGGCAGUCCGAAGUCUCCACCAAAUAGUCCAAACCUGGAGCCGUCUACCGAGGACGAGUUGAAAGGAGUAUACAUAAACUGCUGGAAGGAUGACUCCAACGACUGGGUAUGGCAGUGGAGCAGCCGGCCGGACCAGCAACCACCCAAGGACUGGCGUUUCAAACACCCGCCGAGCGCGCGCGGGCCCCCCUCCGCCACCUCCUCCAUCGAGGUCCUGGAGCAGCAGCUCACGGUGCCGGCGAUGCAGCAGAGCCACUGCCUGUCCGUGCGGCGCUCGUGCCUGUUCAGCCGGGGCGCGGUGGCCGCCGUGCUGGUCACCAACCUCGUUUCCCUGCUGCUGGGAGCUGGCAUCGGGGUGUGGUUGAGCCGGAAGGGCAUGCUGCCGCCCAGACUCAUAAUCCUGAACUGAGCAGCUACCAAGACUGAGUCGGAAGUGAGCGCUCGUAGUUGGAAUGGCCUGAGCAUCUUCUAGAACGAUUGAAAUUGUAUUUUGGACUAAAGAAAACUCUUAAAUUGGCUAUAAUUUUACGUCAAGAUCUCGGAGUUUAUUUUUAACUAUAUAAAAUUAAAAUGUACAGUCAGAGUGAUAAUCAUCAUACGGCCCGCCUGAUGGUAAGCUGAUAAACUACCCAUGCAGCCUAUGAAAGCUUGCAACACCGUUGCAGCUCUAGCAGUCAAGAUCACGAGUCGCAGUACGCAGUAAUGUUAUCGCAAUAUCUCGCCCUUCGCGCCGGAUCACGACGCACGAGCAGGUAUAGGUAGGACAGAGGUACUCGUGUACAGCUAAUGGUCACCACUCACCAUCAGGUGGGCCGUGAGCUUGUUUCUCAGAGAUGUACAAGAAAAUCUGAUCGGUCUCGGCCGUUCCACCUACGUAUAUUCACAUUGUCAUAUUGUUUAGGAAUGCUAAUAGAAAUAUUAUUGUGUAAUGAUUAUUUAUAUGUAUAACAUAUUUAUUGGGCAUUUGGCACGUUGGAGGUAGCACAUUCGAUUCCUAGUUAGGAAACAAAUAUGUAAUCGUACACAUAUAUGUGAAAAAGUAGCAAUCUGUUUAGUAUGCCAAGAUUUUUUUUUGUACAAAAGUUACUCUCGUUUCUAAAUUUUUAUACAUUUUUACUUUGUACUACUAUUUAUGGUUAUACCCUAGUUUAUAUUUAUAGACACCAUCGUACCGGCCUUUAAACAUAGAUUGCUUAACAUAGGCCUGUUCCACAAGCAGAGAUUUGUCGAUAGUUUUCACACUUGACAGGCAUAUCGACAACUGUAGUUAGAGCUUGAGUGAUGUUUUAGGAGGGAAUCUACUGCUUUGCCUAUCCCUCCACCGAUAAGUUUCCUAAGCCUCUUACGACACUUAUAGGAAAAGAAGGGGGUUGUAUUUAUAUAAUCUAAGGGUUGAACCUUAAAAUUUGAGAUAAAUGUAGACAACGGGCAAAAAUACUUCUAUCAUCUAUGGAUAGCGUUCUAUUAUUGUCUUAGUAUUAAAUACUGAUAUAUUUUAAGAAUUGUAAGUCAUAAUUAAUAAAUACAUGAUUAGCUGAAGUUAUAAGAUUGGCCAUUGUGUAAAUUACAAGGGAUCCUAAUUUAAAUUAAUCUGGAUCCCAAAUUGGAUCCACCGGAUCGGAAACAUUUUAUAUGACGAGUUGAUUAAACUGUAAAGAGAUGCACAGAUAUGAGGCAAGAAAAUGCAAGAUACACAUACAAGCCAGUAUACUUUUGUUAUUAUUUUUUUUUUGUUUUAAUAAAGCAAAAUAUCAUACAUUUGAAAUGAUAAUUUAAAGAUAAAAGAAUUGAUUAGAAAACUGUAUGGAAAUAUGCAGGACUGUAAGUGUUGUAAUUUUCUUUUUUUUUAUUUUUGUAUGAAAAUAAUCAUACAUUUAUUUUGCAUGUGUUUUUUACAUAGGGAUCCAAAUUUUGGACCUUAUAUAAUUUUUUAAUAAUACUAUUUUCCAUUAAACAAUAAUAUUUUUGUAUCAGUGUGGCUGUAACCAUAGAUAGGGAAAACAUAUAAAAAAAUAUAUAUAAUAAUAAUAAUAAAUAAAUAAUAUUACAUAUUUAGGAUCCAUGCCACUUUUGUAUUUUCCUAUUUCUCAAUUUCUCUAUGAUAUUACAGUUUUUCCUGUCAAUUGUUUAUUUGAAGUUGGUCUAACGAAAUUGACACUGUAGGAUUUUUUUUUUAAUGAUUGACAGGAGAGAUUUACCUUAUCAAUAUUUUUAUAUACUAGUCCGUAAGCUUAUGGAAGAAUUUAUGUUUUAAACUUAACUGUGAAUGAAUAAGGAAAAAAAUUCUAGCUGCAUUACUAAAAAAAAUUACAGUGGAUCCUUAUGUUCUCUUCCUAGUUCCUCUGUGGAUCUACAGUAACUUUUUUUUAAGUGCGCAAUGUUGGCACUUUCUAUUGUUUUAAUUCAAAAUUAGCUUCGAUUCUAGAAUGCUUAGGUUUUUUUUUCCACAAAAUUUUAUAAGAUUUAGAAGCUAGACUUUUUUUGUGUUAUUCAGUCAUUACAUUUAACAUAAAUAUGUUAAUUAAAAUAUGGCUUGUAGAAAUAUACUUUUUUACGACAUUGA